AUGGCUUCGACACAGCAAAAGAGCCUGAUCCACACGGCAGGUUGUUUGAUUAUCGGUGACGAAGUCCUUGGAGGCAAGACAGUCGAUACGAACUCGGCGUACUUUGCCAAAUUCUGCUUCUCAUUGGGCAUCAACUUGCGCCGCAUCGAAGUCAUUGCAGAUGAUGAAGGCGAGAUUGUAGAAGCCGUGCAACGCAUGUCCAAGAACUACGACAUGGUGGUGACGAGUGGCGGAAUUGGUCCUACUCACGACGACAUCACUUACCAGUCAAUAGCCAAGGCCUUUGGCCUGCCGUUGAAGUUACACGAUGCGGCGUUUGAACGUAUGAAGCGCCUCUCGAAGCCGCACAAAUCUCAGCCAAACUUUGACUGGAACGUCGAGUCUCCAGCGCUUACAGCAAAGAAGCGCAUGGUUGAACUGCCUAUUGAUGAAUCCAAGCCAGAUGAAGAUCAGGUUAUUUUCGUCAGUGAGUCGCUUUGGGUUCCCGUUAGCGUCGUGAACGGUAACGUGCACAUUCUGCCCGGAGUGCCUCGCCUCUUUGAAGCGAUGCUAGACGGACUAAAGCCCCGCAUCCUACCUAGAUUGACGGAUCCAGAGGGUAAAGGCGUGUUGCGGAUCCUCAUCUCGACUCCGAUGGCCGAGAGCGCCGUUGCUGGAUAUCUGACCGAGCUCGCUGCCAAGGCGGAGCCAAAAGGGGUCAAGGUGGGAAGCUACCCACGAUGGGGAAAGGACCACAACACUGUGACGCUAGUUGGACGCGAUCGCGACUUCAUGGAGAGCUUAGUUCCUGAAGUAGAGAAGGCUGUUCAGGGGAGGCGGGUAGCUGUAGAAGGUGAGGACGACGGAGAAACGUCUGACAAGGACUCGUAG